GUUAGUUAGUCGAAUUUUACGCGUACUACCGAUUGCACGUUUGUUGGCGCGACUGCUCCGUCCAGCGUAGCAGGAAACUAAUCUGCAGGAACAAAGUUUCUAAAAAAAAUAAAAAACAAAUAGACACGGCGAAUCAAGCUAAGGAAUGAGUAUGGUGCAUCGAUUUGAACAUAAUUAGUUUCGGCGAUCGUACAAUUUUUCGGUGUUGGAUAAACUUGAUGGGUUUCUACAAACCGAAGAUCGAUUGCACUGUCCGUGAAAAAGUUUGGUAUAGAAAAUUGAUCGGCACAGAAAAGUUCAGUAGUGAAUUUUCCGAAGAUUGUGUGAAGUUGCAAAGUUGUUUUUAUCUGUUUGGUGAUUUUAACUUUUGAAAAACGAACAAUUUCGUGUGUGUUUCUUUCCUAAAUAUAAAACGCUGUGUUAAAAGUGUUAAAUUAAGCAGAGAAAUUUAAAAGUAUUACAAAAACGUGCAAAACCUUCAACGAAGAAAUUAAUGAGGUGAUCAGAAAAUACCCGAAAAUAUAUACCAGGAUUUGAAGCGUUCAAAACAAAUGAUAAUUUCUGUGCUCAUUUGAAGUUUAGUGCUUUUAUAGGAAUUCUCUUUUCAUUACAACCAGUACACCUAUUCUAACACGCGAACGGUUUCGGUUAAUCUGAUCGCUAGUUCCCAGUGGAAGGGGCCCCAGGGCCUUAGCGCUAAGCAACCGAUGAGAUGAGGUGGAGUAGUCUACUCAUAACGGCCGUGUUGUCGUUAUUUGUGAUUUUCGGAUUAAUCGAUGCCAUUAACGCGCAACGAGGAUCGGUUCGCUUCAAUCAGAGACUGCCGCCGUCGUCAUCUUCAUCGAGACCAUGGGCGGACGACACGUCGCUGCUGGUCAGCGAUGAACAUUUCAGUCGAAGUGUGUCUCCUUCAGUUUCGCGGCGACGUCAAUCAACUGUUCCUACGGUGAUCAUAGAAACUAGUCCGCGCAGGAAGGUAAGACCACAAACACAAAUACUGGUGCAAAGAAGCUUCGAAGACUCUAACGACGACCAGUUUCUACUGCGGCGUACAACGAAAGAGCAACCAGCACCGAGUGUACGAACUGAGAUCGUAUAUCAGAAAGAGAAGAGUGCGGACAAGACUUCCGAAGAUCAGCAAUCUACUAGGCGAAAAGGCAGACAACGAGGAUUCAAAAAUGAAAUUACUAGCAGGCCUUCGACGGCUGCUACGAUAACUGAUAUCAAACUAAAUAGGAUAACGAGUAAUGAUGGAGGAAAAAUUUCCAAUGAACUUGAAGAAGGUGUUUCAAGUUCAUCUAUUCGGGCAACUGACAAUCGAUCUAGAGGUAAAAAAAAAGCUAUUGUCAACGAACGCGUAGAAGAUGUAGCAUCGGAGGAAAACUACCCGGAAGAGUUCAAAAAGUUGUUAAAGGCCAAGCUCUUGGAAAGCAGUACGAAAAAUGCUUACCAAAACAGUUUUGAUGUAACGACUGGGAGGAGCCAACCAAAAAGUAAAGAACUACAAGAUGCUCCACGAUUUAAAGUGAAAGUGUUAAGUACUACUACUCCAGGACCGACUAGUACUGCGAAAAUAAUUACUCCUCGUCCAAUUAGGACCUUUCCUAGUGCUGCGAAUGUAGCUGAACCUUCAACAACGACUAAUACUUCAAUCAAACCAACGCCGAAAGCUGUGAGAAUAUUACAAACACCGCGAACCAGAGUAAUCCCGCAAUCCAUUACUCCCGAUUUAAAAACUGACACUAUUACCACUACACCAAAACCCUCUAGAGGUUUUUCUCGUAAGCCGAGUGUCGUGAGUUUGUUGACAUCUACAACUACGCCAUCUUCGACAACAUCUCGGAAACCAUAUAUUCCGGCCAGUCGAAGUCCUGUGCCAAAUAAGAGAACUUUUUCAUCUACGACGGAAUCGACAAGUUCUAGUGACGGGUUUGAACAAGUGAUUCCAAAACGAAUACCCAUCGACAACAGUUUUGUGAUUGCAUCUCUGCGUAAUCCAAGCUCAUUCCGGUUGGCCCAACAGACACAGACCCAGAAAGCAUCUCGUAAACCACCGACUGGGUAUGGGAGUGACGACCUCAAACCGGUGAUAAUCCCAUCUCGUUCCAAAGCAUCGUCAUCUCUAAGUGCACUGAAGCGUCCACAAUCUCCUGGCGGCUCCAGAGUGGGCGCCAGAUUCGAAUCUAGCCUUAAGAAGGCUCCGGUGUACACACCGACAGUUCCGACCUUCACCGCACCGCCGACAACGGCGAAGUUUAGACUUGAUGGCCACUCUUUGCUAACGACUGCUAAUGCUUCCACUGCCUACACCACCUCCACCAACAGCACCUUACCUUCCAGUACGGCAAUACUCCUCGUUAACGAAAUAGACAACGCUGAUACCGUGGGAGAUGAAGGGUUGUUCCAUGAGCAAAACCUCGACGAAGGAAGUGAAUAUCAGGUGGAACCAGUGGCUGCCCGGCUGACCCAAAGUCGAAUUGACAUCGACAUGUCCAAUAAUUCACCUGUUACCGUGUCGAUCUUCAGUGCCCUGUCCGAGAUCCUCUCGCAGCCAACAGAAAGUUUACAAUUUUUGUCUUCUAGCACAGAUGCACCGCCACAUUCUACUUCUUCCAGCACGUCGACUUCAACGACAACUACGACCACAACAACCACCACUACCACCACCACUACUACUACCACUACCACCACUCCUAAGCCAAGCACUUUACGAAAGCCUGCGGUCAAGGUAUCUGAAGUUGAUAGUACUACUGAUAUUGCUAACGUAGUAUCUGUAAAUAAUAGCGACCCUGCGGAUGCCACCACUACUAUUGUAAAUAAUGUCUUUCCGAAUGGGUCAACUAGCAUUAUAGCCACAACGGCGGUGGUGGACAGCGAACGCCCCGAAACGAAUCAAAUAUCCGAAACGGGUGAUCUCAUUAACAAUAGUGAUGCAGAAGGGGCUUCUCGGUCACGAAUCCAGAAACACGAGGACCAUUCUUUCCCAAACAUUGUGACAUCCACAGAAUAUCCUUCCACGAUUAGCAUCGAUGAUCCCUUGUUGUUGAACGGCUUCUUUCCUUUCUCCCAGACCCAGAACUCACUCCGAACAACAACCAUCAUAACUCCGGAUAUCACUGAGCAUCCUACUGCCAUGACCAUCAUCAGUACCAGUACCGAAAGCACGCUAACAAAGUCGCCAACUAAUCCGCCAUUAACAGAAGAUGUCAAUCUUUCGAGCUAUCCAACAACCUCUGCCCAAAUGACUACAGUUUCGCUUUCUACGCAGCCUUCGUCGGACAACCGCGAUUCAUCAACGAACCAAUCACAGUCCACCACCAUGCUAGUCGAGCUCGAAAACACAUUCAUGCCAAGCACUGCUACUAGCUUUAUACCUGCCAUUAUCACCGCAACUCAUCUUGCUAUGCUUGAAAAUGUAUCGCAUACGGAAAAUGAUUCCAAAUCGUUCACUUCUACUAACGUUACUAAAUCAUCAAUGACCCACACUGAAAUACCGACGAGUACGACAACCUCAUCGCCCAUGACCACCGAACCGGAACUGACGACCAUCACUGCGAUCGUGACGUCGGCACCGAUGACCGUAAGUAGGACCACACACCCGUUACCAAACACCUCCGGUGUUACAACUCCUAAGUCUCCCUAUAUUGUAAUCCCCUGUGAACGAAUAAUCACACCUGAAACACCCGUCGAGUACCAGCCAAGAUUUCAAGUCCGCCCUCCUAUUUUCGGGGUUACACAGCGUUCCACCACCACCGGCACCAGCACCAGCACAACAAGCACUAGCAGCAGGACCCCUUUCUUGAUCACCAGCACCGCUAGAAACACUUUCUACACCGCUCAGCAAACCACAGUAAAGCCCAGAUCGCGUGGACUUGUGGUCUAUGGAAUUCUCCCCAACAACACUGUCAUUCGUCGUGUAAUCGGGGGUGACGAAGAAACUACUUCCACAACGGAGAAUCCACGUGUUGUAUUUGGAAUCUAUCCAAACGGAACGAUUGUUCGACGGUAUCCGAAUGGUACUAUUGUUCCGGAUAGACCCCACCCAAAGCAGCGUGUCGAGAUAACCGAUAUCGAUCCACGAGACCUGCGGAAUCCAAACAGUUCGAUCUAUCGAGAAAGUGUACCUUUGUCGACGCUGGCACCUGUAGCUAGUAUUAGUCCCGCGACUAGCAGCAUAUCUUCAACAUCAACCACAAUUAGCUCCCCAACUAGUACUACUUCCAUUCCGAAUGAUACUAUGGGAACAACAACAAUCAUUGAAAUUUUGAGAAAAUAUAACGAGGAAAAUCAACUGGACAACAAAAUUAAAUCAGAUAACGUAUUCAGCUUGGCAAUGAGUCGUGCUAAGAUGGGCAGCAAAACAACUGAGGGACCGACGAAGAUUCCAGUGGACACUGAUUUCACGACUAAAACUUCUGACGAAAAUCGUGUUAUGCGACCAAAUGCUCCGGAUUUGGUAUUCCGUUGGCAACCAACAUUGAGUAGCUCGGAACCUCCGAUGAUGGAGUACAGCACUGAAGACGUCGCCGUGGCGGACAAUACGGUCCCCGACAACAUCGUCGAGUUCAAAAGCAUUUCCAUUCCAUCCACCGAGCCUGACAUAAGCCGGAUUAUAUCGUCAUCUACGCCGCCAACACAAUCAGACCUGCCUGAUGAUGUUAACUUGCGUAUCUCUACGGACUCACCAGUGCGAAUCCAGCAGCAAACGGAAGUUUCAGAAUUUAACAAUUUCGUAACUUCUACGUUACUUCCGACCACUGAUAAACCGAGUACGACUACAACAGAAGCUACAACAAUGACCGUAAGAACUACUACCACGAGUACAACUCCUAAGCCUAACACAACCGAAAAACCUACAACCUCCACUUCCACACAAGCAACGUCAACGACGGUUAAACCUACUACCAAAACGAGUAAAACAGCUCAAAACAAUCAAUUGGAAACUAAUUUAAAACUUCUCCAACUGUUUUUGGAAGCCAAUCAAAAUGAUAUCGCCGCAACGAGAGCGGUUACUCAGCGAACUACUACUGUCACUAGUCCCACCACCUCCACGACCCCCCCAACCACCACUAUUACCCCUGUUCCAUCCACCACAACUACAACAACGACAUCUACAACCACUACAAGACCUGAUACGACUUCGAGUAUCAUUAGAACAACAGCACAGACAACACCCAAAUCCGGCCGUUCGAAUGCAAACUCGUUGUUUAUGCCGACCACACAACGAACUCGGACGACAACUUUUUCGGAUGCCGAUGAUCUGCUUUUCUUGCGUCAAUUGGCUAUAUUCCUGAACGGCGGUCAAACAACUAGAAGAACAACGAAGAGGCCUAAAACCACUUCUAAGACGACCACCACAAUUAAGCCAACCACAACAACGCGGCCUACAACAACUACUACUACUACUACUUUAUCCACAACAAGUACUCCUAGACAUACGACAACAGUUCCGCUGAGCACAGUUAUUGUCGAUAAAGAUGAUGCUGACUUCUUGAAUGAUGUGCGAAAAUUGCCCAACUUUGCUACUCCAAAUUCGCUAGUGGAUAGCUCCAUAGCAAACAGAAUUCUCCAGUUAGCCAUCAAUCGGGAUCCGAAGAGCAUUUCCAUUGGAAAUCAACUAAACCUUGUACCGUCCUCAUCAACUUUGUCACCGUUAGAGAUCGAAAACACUAAAAAGCAGCUUGACAAAGAAUUGCAAACCUACAACAACGACAUUCGAUUGCUAUCCACUUUACUUGGUCGGCCUAUCACUAGCAGAGACAUUCCCGAGCUCACCAAACAGCUGACUACCACAACUCCUAGACAUACGACUACGACAACCACAACUACCAUAACUACCACAACUACUCAACGACCUGCGGUUGAUCCCGCACUUCUGCAGGCACUCCUAUUUAAGCAACAACAACAGCACAACUCCAGUCCAGGGACUGUGAACGCCCUCAAUUUGUAUGGUAAAAGCAACGAAGCAAUUCUUGCGUCUGUCUUGAAACAGCGUGGAAUUGGUCCCAUCAAUACCAAUGCCAAUCUGCAAGAGAUCCUAGCCAGGAUAUCACCUCGCACCGGAACUGCUACAGUUCAGUCAAUUAUCACCACUGCAAAACCAAGGCUACCGGCGACAAGGCCACCUGAAAUUCCACCGUUGCGUUCCUCGCGUCCCAUACUUGACGGCCUAUCGUGGCUGUGGCGAGAAUGGCAAGCUACAGCACCUCAAACUCGUCAGCGAUUGCCGGGAUCAUCGCUUAUUGCGUCCCCUCCUCCUACCGAGACAUUCAGUCUCAGUGGUGGUGGUCGUAGACCUUCACAGUCUCAAGCGUAUAGGGAUGAAGAAGGACUGGAUCCUGAUGCGAAACCAAUAAAUCCCAGCGUCACGGAGGAACCACCUUCUCUUUUCAGUGGACUAGGAGGCAUCAAUCCUGGCGGUCAACUCCUCAAUGCAGCCAUAAGCGUUACACGUGCUGUAACGCAGUUCCUCGGGGUGGCGUUGCAGGGUGCAGCAAAAAGUUUUACAACGGCGUUCUCCCCACAAACCUCGGAUGUAGACGAUCUUAGCUAUUAUCGAUUCAGUGGUAAAUAAGGUUAAAGAAGCUAACUAUGAGGAUAGGGAAACAAGGGAUUGAUGUCACUUUUAGGUAAAUGAUAAAAUUUGAGUUUUGCUCAACGUGGGACUCACUCAGAGAACUCGACGGAUAAAGAGAUGAAUAGAACCUUAAUGGUAAUUCUGGCGAGGUCGAUGGUGAAUCAUGAGUGAACGUGGGAUUGUGUGUCUGCGAGAGGAUCGAUGCCUAAGUGAGAUGUACUGAAAAGACUGUGAAACAUAUUAUUAGUACUAUUUAUUUUUAUUUGUGGUCAUUGUCGCUAAUUUUAUACUCACCGCUACGUGUCAAACAAUGCUAAAAAAACAAUUACUACGUGAUAUCGCCUUGUCAGAACUCGUCUGUGUCAUGCUGAUUAUGAUGUAUCAGUCGCUUUUAACUAUGAAAUCACUCGCAGGCGCAGAACACGCUGAUGCAAUUUUAUCACCCCGAGUUUUUACCUUCUUUUUUUCUGCAAGUGAUUGUGCCAUUUUCCAAAUAGAUCGUUACAGGAGGCACGUUGAUCGAUAGAUAAUUAAUGGAAGAUGAUGUACUGUACAGUAGUUCUCAAAAGUGAAUGUAGGCUUAGUAAACCAAUCCAAUGCGUGAAAACUGUAAUUGGGUUUUAGAGGAUGGAUCGUACAUUUGGAAUUUGUAAUAAACAGCAGUGUAAAUAUUGAGCAAUAAAAUCGAAAAUAUUCUGAAUCCAG